CACUCUGCCAAUUCCGCACUGGGCGUCGUUGCGCGCGCUGGUAGGGCGGCGCUUUAGUUUUCAAUUUCCCCUGUACUCCUCAAGUCCAAGCAAGUCGCUGUCCAAGACCUCCCAGUCAGCGCCAAGCUCCAGGCUCCCAGCUCCCCCCUUCGCUGACGCUACAUAAGGACACAGAGCAGCAUGAGCGAGGCAGCGGGUGACGCUUUGAAGCUGCGGCUCAAGCUCAAGCUGCCGCGCUCCAUGUCCGUGUCCUCUGUGGCUGAGGAGGCGCACAAGAAGCUGCUGAUUGGCGCGCGGGGCGGCGCCGCCGUCAAGGAGCUGUUGAGCACGGCGCCCAAUAUUGAGGUGGCCAUCCGGGACUUCCAGGCUGCCCACGGCGUCGCGGAGGCGCACGCGCAGCUAUUCGUGCGCAAGAAAGAGAGCAGCAGGCAGGAAAAGCCCACCACCUUCUCUCCGGUGAUGCAGCUGCUGGAUCAGCUGCAAGUUCCGCGCACCAGUAUGUACCAAUCGCUCCUGGAGCAGAUGAAGAAGGAGAUGUUGCUGCGUAUUGCAGACUUGCCGCAGAGCGAGCUGCCACGAGUGCUAGAGCAGACCUUCCCUUACAUUGAGUUUCGAGAGCUGCGAGCGAUCCCAAUAGCUGUAUUGGCCAGACAAGAAGACACACCGGAGAUGUAUCUUCAUGAAUUGACGGAGAACCGACGGAUUCUCGCCGAGCUUCCUGUGCAUGUGAGGAGAAAGAUCUUGCAGGUUGACAGAAGAGAGCUUCAGCUACUCGUAGAGGAGUGUACGCGCGAGUAUGUGACUGAGCAGUUGGAGUGGUAUCUCAACCAUCCGACGUCGGGAUCCGCGACGACCCACCGCUCAUUGUCGAGAAGGAACAGCAACAGUAGCAUGCGCGCUAAUAGCCAGAAUAGGAAGCGCAGCUUGGAUGAAUCAGCAGGUGGUAGUUUGUGGAACGUCUCCAGUCAUGUUCCGUCUUCGGCCGAUGCUGCUGGAUCGUCGUCAUCAGUUUCUGGGUUUAGCGGAGAGCGCCGCCCGUCGUACGCUCCAGACGAACGCCGACGUGAUAACCCGGCACUUAUGAAGCUUGUGGAGAUGCUGGGUGACUCAGAGUCACUCUAUUUAUCGACAUUGGAGAUCUGGCGUAGUUACGUGGUGGCUGCGAACAUUCCUGGUAGUGCCACGAGCAAUCACCCAAAAGAAUAUGUGGACUACGUGGCACUUCUUGGAGCUAUGCGCAGUGAUCUAGCCAAUCUUCAGCGUGACAAAACAACGCCGCUACUGCGAACCGAUCCACUUCACAAGUUCAUUUGGUUUUUGGAUCGUGCAUUGAAGAACCAGACACUAGAGAGCGCUCAACUUCACGAACUGUUAGGAUUUAUUGGACGACUUCGUACAUCUGACUUGCCUCCCAACAAGAAGUUUCGAAAGAAAGGUGGAGUUGAGGAAGAAGAGGAGAGCUUUGAAGUCGUAUUAGGGCCACCGCCAGUGGAUGAGCUUCUUGCCGUGCUCGACAAGAUCGCAAAAAUCGAUGCACGCUUGAUUUUCGCUGAGCCAGUGCCGGAUGAUGUGCCAAAGUAUCGUGAGAUUAUUAAGGACCCCAUGGACCUGUCAACGAUGCGGAGGAAAGCCAAACGGGGCAAGUACAAAACACUGGACGCUUUUGUUGCGGAUUUUAACCUGAUGAUCCGCAACUGUAUGACUUUCAACCCGGACACGACUAUUUUCUAUAAGGAAGGAAAGCGUAUUGGCAAGCGAGGAAACGAGCUUAUCGAGCGAAAUGCUACAGCUUUGCGUGGUGAGCCUCAGCGAAUCCGCACUAAGAAACGUCGCAAGACUGGAAGCGGCCCCACCAGCGAGGCUCUUAGCAUGCUCACAAGUACCGGUGUUGUGACGAUCAAGGACUUUGGCGAUGUUGAUCAAUCUGGGAUGAUUCCGGAAGGCAUGUGCGAUGAACUGUUGGCGGAUGUGGCACUCGUGUUGUCGGAUCCGCUUGUAAAGCAGCUUAUCUGUGAUGCUCUUAUGAAGAACCUAGUGGUAUGCUGGCAAAGAAAAGAGCUUCCAACGGACAACCUGAUUUGUCGUGCGCUUGUGCAACUUCUUCAGAUUGGUAACCCAUCCAGUGUGCGCCGCAUGAUUCGGAAGCAGGACUUUGUGCUGCGUGCGCCACAAGUAGUAACCAUGCGUGUCGUGCUGCCGCUAUUACUGCGCACGAUGGUGGGUUUCCGUGUGUAUUACGCAUUUCCCGCAGGAUUGCAGCGUGAAUUAAAGACAAAAGCGAAGGAAGACGUUUUGAGUACUAUGCUCUGGGAGAACGUGCUGCGAGCAAGCUCAGCUAUUCGUGCGAUGGCCAAGUCGUUUGCUGUACAAUGUCUGGUGGAUCACCAGGUUGACGCUGGAUCACAACUGCUGCACCAUUUGCUUUUGGCUGAAGAAGAAACGCUUCUACGCGACCGUGUUUUGCUCCAUGCAGUGGCUGAAGUCGUGCUGGAACAGAUGAAAGUGGCCGCCGCAAGCACUAGCAGCAAUAACGGUAGCGAUGGUGGGUCAAAUUCUGCUGAGAACGGUGAGGUGACGAUGACGCUGAGCGAGCAGUUGCAAGCUCUACCAGUAUGGACGCAGGUUUUCGACGGCUUUUUUGUGGAUGUUCUCGGAAAGCGUAUUCAGGCAGCCAAGGAGUCGACUGGGUCUGUCGUGCAUUUUGCUGAUGGUAUGGUUGAGUCAGUUGAGGAGGAGCAAGACACUGCUGCCUCAGGCGAAACGUCAUCGAAAAAACGCAAACGACAACACGUGGUUAAGAGUUUCCCAACUCCAGUGUUCCACGAGAAAACGGUCUUGCUGAUGUCGUCACUACUUGCUUUGAUAGAAAAGGGGGGUUCUGCAGCCGGAGGUGACGUGAUGAUCGCUUCCUACCUCAAGAAAACGUUGGGCGUCUUACGCACCAACUGCUCGUCGUUGGAAGACUUUGAAGCUCUUUGGAAUAGCCCCGUGUUUUCAGGGUGUCGGCAACUCUACGAACCGAUGUUGUUAAAGUGCUCUACCAUGCAAAAAGAUUUGUUCGCCGUCUUAUCAUCGGAUGUCAAGGCCGAAGCGGUUAGUGGGCAAAAGAGAAAGAUCGAUUCGGCGACUAUCGAUGCCGAGACGCAAGGUGACAACUCAGGUGUGAACUUAGACGCUACUACCGCAGAUGAAACGAUAACGGAUGUGGUUAUGAAGUCGGAAGGUGCAGGCUAUGACGGCGCGGACGAGGAUUCCAAUGUCUCUGGUGCCGAUGCAAAACCUGCAGCUGAUGUUGAGGCAAACGGGGUUGUCGAGGCUGGUGCUGCUGUCCCGGUCACAGAUACCAAGGUUGAAGAAGAUACUAGCAAAAAAGAGAGAGCUACAGUACUAGCAGAAGCUGAUAGCAAGAACGCAAACACUGACACGGCGAGCGACAAUUUAGCUGUAAAAGGGGAUGCUUCUGCUGUCAAUAGCACGGAGGAGGAAAGGAAUGAUGUCGCUGUCAAGGCUGACAGUGUGGAGACUGAUGCCGAAUCUGUGGCUACUGUUGUUGAGAACAACGGAGACAACAUCAAUGUGAACAUGGAAGAUGCCGAGGAAGAAACGAAGUCCCCUGGGGCGAAAGAUAACACUAGCGGCGCUGAUGUAGACUCACCGGAUGAUAGUUCUUCUGACGUUCUCCCUGCGUCAACAACAACAGCUGAGACCAGCAGCGAAUCCACACACCAACACGAAGAAGCAACCACCAACUCAGCCGGGGAUGCUGUGGAUACUGGCGACAAACAGAAAGAAGUCGCCGCUGAGGCUGUGCCAGAAUCAGCAGCGGAGGAUAAAAAUGAUGGGGAAGAGGGAGCACAAGCAGUUGUAGAAGAAGAAAAGGAGGCAGUCGAGACGUAAUAAGCGUACUGGGCACAAUAGUAAGCUUCCGUUUUGUUCAUCAUCCCACCCAAUAGGCAGGGUAUAAGCCCCACAACUGGUAUCUGGAGUCUUUUAUCGCAGCGCAUGUAACAGCAGCCUUGCGUGGAUAUCCCUUCAAAGUCCCAACUCGUAAAUAGAAGGCUGUACACGUAUCCGUGUAUUUUUUUUCAUGCCUGGGGUGGUAGACUCAGCUAGUACAAAUUGCAAUCAUCGAGACGUCAUCUGACAGCUUGGAACCGACAUUUUCAUGAUGCUACCUACAUGAACAGACAGACGAAUAAUUCUUUGGUGACGGACAACAAAAACUACGUAGAUGACCACGAAACGAAUCAAAG